AUAGGCUACGCAAAAAGAGAAAAACUGCCCGCCCACAGGAAUGUAAACAAAGAAAAACUCUGCUCCUAAUAUUCUUGCCAAACAUCACAAUUACAAUUCCUUCCGAUCUGUAAUACGCAGUCGUCUUUAUCUUACCUUCACAAGCUCAUCAAUGGCUUCCCCAUACGAUCCCUUCAAACAGGAGCCAAUAAAGCAGCAACAACACAAGAAAAAGGGGCCGAAUUUCUUACUCAUGCUCCCUCUUAUCUACGCUCCUGUUCUUCCUCUUAUUAGAAUAACACUGAGGCAUAAACCUGUUAUUAGGGAUCGUUUAUUUACAGGUGUUCUUAUUGGAGCUUUUAUCCAUGGAGCUUAUCUCGUAACUGAUCUUUAUGAUGUCGAGAGCAAGUAGAGCAGGUGAACCAACACCAGGUCUCCUGAGUCCCGAGGCUUGUAAGUAUGACAUUACUCAGUUGACCGUGAAGACAAUCUUAAAGCUCGACUUUACUGGUUCGAAUUUUCUGAGGAUUCUUGAUGAUCAUUCUUCUUCUUCUUCUCCUUCUCCAAUUACCGCUUCUUGCAGUUUUAGGAGUAAAAUGGCUUUAUUUUAAUUUUCUUGAAACCAAAUAAUCUCAAAUGAGUAUCAUGGUUACAACCAUGAUGAGUUACUAUUUUGAUUAGCAAUAUUUGACAUUCUUUCAGAGCUUAGUAUUGGACGAAUUUGAGUUCAUACCAGGAUCAA